UGAGUGUAACGUGGAGGUUGGAGCCGGACUGUCCUGUGUCUCCUUUCACUUUCACAGCGGCCGGACCUGCAGCCUGAGAUCUGUCACGUGUGCAGGGGAGUCGGGCCUCUCAGAGAGUGCGGGGAGUGCAGGGGAGCAGCUUCUGGGUAGGAGCGUGCUAGAGAAGACCUCAGGUGUGGGCGAAUCGUGGGUUGGAGGGUGCUCACUGCUCAGUGAUGUGAGUUCUGGAUCUAACCUCGGACUGGCAUUAAAAAAAAGAUACUGACUCUAAUGGAAUAAUCGUUGGCGCCAGACUGAGGGGCGCAGGUUUAUGUGGCACAAGGGUAGUCUAUGGGACUGUGUGGAUAAAGCAGCUCACAGUAGUGAGUGUAGGGUUAAUACUAACUGUAACUUUAGCGCGGCGUGUGUAGCGCAGAGUCAGUGCAGAGUCAGUGGAGCUUGUGUGCCUUACUAUAAAUCGGGGCACUGGGAUAUACAGACGGGUCAGUACAUUUACCUGCUAUUUAUUCAAGGGAUUAUAGGGGCACAGGGUGUAGUGGAUCAACUCUACAAUGGAGCUGAAUGGUCCCCCAAGUUCCCAGGUUCCUCAUACCCCCACUUCUGCUCCAUCACUUCCAAUCACCGUGGCAGGUACUCUCCUGCGUGGCCCCCAGUUGCUGCUCCGCGCCGCAGAGAAGUAUCCCCGCACCCCCAAGUGUGCCCGAUGCAGGAAUCACGGGGUAGUGUCCGCACUCAAGGGCCACAAGCGCUACUGCCGCUGGAAAGACUGUAUGUGCGCAAAAUGCACUCUGAUCGCGGAGCGCCAGCGGGUGAUGGCCGCGCAAGUUGCGCUCCGCAGGCAGCAAGCCCAGGAGGAAAACGAGGCCCGGGAGCUGCAGCUGCUCUAUGGAACUGCCGAAGGACUAGCUCUGGCGGCAGCCAAUGGCAUCCUCCCACCCCGGCCAGCCUACGAGGUCUUCGGAUCGCUGUGUGGCGAGGGAGGAACAGAUUCAAAGAUUCAAAAGUUUGACCUAUUCCCAAAGAGCCUCAUCCCCAGAUCUAUGACUCCUCAGCUGCCUUCUGGGGGGAAACCGGGGUCUCCAGACAGUGAACCGGUGUCAGGCAGUGCACCAGGUGCCUCAUCCCCUGAGGCACAACCUGGUUCUGGCUCAGAAAAUGGGGAUGGUGAGUCCUUGCUCAGUUCCCCAAUCUCUAAGGAGCUCAAGGAAGGAGAGGAGAGCCCAAGCUUAAUCAGCCCCCUGAGCUCAGAAUCUGGAUCUGAUGCUGAAAAAGAUGAGCAGGAUCCCAGUUCUUCCUCCUUAGCCAGGCAGAGGACCCCCAUAAACAUCCUGACCCGGGUCUUCCCCGCUCAGAAGAGGAGCGUCCUGGAACUGGUGCUGCAGGGUUGUGGGGGGGAUGUGGUUCAAGCAAUUGAACAGAUACUGAACAACAGGAGUCAGGAUAAGGGUGAAGGGACCUGGUCAAAAGAUGGAGCCCUCCAGAGUAUUCAGCCUUCUGUGUCCUCCACACACAGACCCCUUAUUGCUGGGGCCCUUACUCCUGCUAUUGGCACAAUAGGGAGCAGGUCUGCAUUCUCCCCUUUACAGCCCAAUGCCGCACACUUUGGCACUGAAGCAAACACAUACCAGCUAGGUGGGCACAUUGGGUUGAACCCGUUGAGGUUGGCCUAUUCUGCUCACAGUAGAGGACUUGCUUUUAUGGCCCCUUACUCAACAGCUGGAUUCAUGCCUACCCUUGGCUUUCGCCCACCUAUGGACUAUGCCUUCAGUGACCUUAUGAGGGACAGAGCCAAUGUCCAUAAGGACCAGGUAUACACUAAUGGACUCUAUGGGCCAGUGGUCAAUAAUAAUGCUGAAAAACAAUGAAUUCAGUAUACAAGGAAGGGCAUGACAGCUCUGGUUUUGCAGACUCGGAUUUUGAUUGCAGAGCAUUGCUGUGGGAUUAGAUGACAUUUGUCAUAAAGUCUUAAGAAUGUCUCAUGUAAGUAAGACAACUGAGGCCCAUUCUGGAGAAAGACCUAGUGAGGUAGAGUACUGUAAAGACAUUCCUGUUCUCUGCAAGGCAACAUGAUGCUUUUGGAUAUGUGGAGGGUAUGGAUAAUACUAAAUCACUACAAAUACAAACUGCACUUUUUCUAUUAAAAAAGGGUUGACAUUGUUUUUUUUUAAGGAUAUACGCAUGGGCACAGCCCCAAUCCAUUGUGAUAUAAAUAUAUACAUAUAUAAAUAUAUAGACUUCUAAUGUUAUGAGCUGGGAUCCUAAGUUAUUCUUGUAAGUGAACCUUUUUUAAUGAUAACAAGGAGCCAUGCACUAACACAUUCCAAGGUGCAGCACUAGAGACUGCUCUGUGUGUACAGAUGUGGAGAGAAAUGGGGGUGCAGCACUCAGACCCCCCCUCCUUUUGGUGAAUCUCCAACUAUUGCUGUUAGUGUAAUUGUUUAGAAAAUUGUUAAAACCUUUAUGUGACCGUUCCCUAAGCGUUAGAAAUAAAUGUUAUUUUCUAAAA